AUGACAACAUUGCAAGAAUAUUUAAACCAAAAAUAUCCUACCAAGGAGGAUAGAGAAAAAGUGAAAGAAAUUGAUGUCUACAAAAUUAAUAAAGUGGAAGGAAGUUGUGCUUUUGACAAAAUACUAGACGGAGGGAAGUUAGAUUUGAGUGAAUAUACUAGACUAGAGAUAAUAAUGAUUUACGGAACAGAG